AUGAGGAAGUGUCACAUAAUCAGCUAUACGCACAGCAAAAAGCAUGUACGCCAUGCUCUGAAGCUUCUUCAACAGCUAGAACUUCAUCUUGGAUCAUCACCCACUCAACCACCAUCCCAAUUGACCUCUGGCUUACAUCCAUCCACUCCAAAUCAACCCUCUCCCUCAUUCAGUGCUUGUUCGCCUGCUCCGUUAUGGCAUGAAGACGACAAAAUUGCGGACACCUUCAAUACUCAGGAUAAUCAUCUCCAACACACCUACAACCUUGCCCUCAAUCCGGGAGGGGACAUCUACGACGAGCUUUGCAAAUCAAAGCCAAAGGGGGACCAUUUAUUUCCAUGUCAUUUAUGUCCCGCCACCGAAGAAUUUGGACUAGAAGGUGAUGGGCCUGACUAUCUACAGGAAGACUGGUUCAAUGAAAAUCAAGACUUUGUACAGGGCUUGUCCAGUACCUCACACAAAGAUGUGCAGCCGGGUGAACAAACAUACCCAUUGCUAUCUUUGGCGGCACAGAAGACGGCUGUUUUAGCAUGGGCCAAGGGACUGAACGCUCAAAAUGUGCCAACUCUGCAUGUGUUGGCUCAGUCUCAGAAAAAAAUCUGUAGCAUGGUUGGAAACCCAACGGAAAAAUUUGUCAGCAACUCCGGCAAUAUUUUCUAUUGUAACAGCAUUGGCAAAGCUAUUGCAAAGGACUAUUCUAACCCCAUCACUCGAUUCACGAUGCAAGAUUACCCUGAAGACAACGGAGGAUCUAUAUCUCAAGUCCAUCAUGGAUCCAAAGUGUUACAUGACCUACCGCCCAGUCUGGCAGUUCCCUCGUUGCACACAAAUGGCAAAAUCUUUUCCGUCAACGAGCUUUUACAACAGGAUAGUGGAAACUGCUUUAUUCCCAUCAAGUUCUUUCUACACAAAGAUCAACGUGGUGUCAAGGUCUUAGCCAUUGGACACAAUGUUGUCCGCUCUGAUGUAGGAUUCAUUGUCAACCCCGAAUGUCUCAUAGCCUCAAGCAUGACCCCCAAAAGAUCAUUCAAAGACAUCAGUAACAACUCGCAAGGAUACUGUAAAUUUACAGAUUCUUCCACCCACUUUGCAUCUAAAAUGCCCCACCCUCUCCGAGCAAAAUCUGGUGGCCGCUUAAUACUAACAGUCCCGCUGAUAGUUUUCAUGGAUGAUGUUUCAGAGAAUAUUUCCAAACAGUGGAACAAGCAUCAUGUGGUCUACAUGUUGAACACUUCAAUUCCUCGGAACAUGAUUGAGAAAGAGUUCUGCAUACAUUUUGUGGUGUCCUCACCACAUGCUGCCCCCAUGGAGUUGAUGAAAGGAGUUACUGAUUCAAUCUGUAAAGCUGAAAAGACAGGGAUAAUCACAUGGGACUGUCAGUAUGAGGAGGAAAUAAUGUUAAUUCCUUAUGAGCUUUUUGUUGCUGGGGAUAACCCUAUGCAUGCCAAAGAGUGCAGUCAUGCUGGGCUCAAAACUAACCACUUCUGUAGAAGAUGCAAAGUUGGUGAGACCCAAGUAGAAAAAAAGAGUGACAAAGGUUAUCAGAAGCUUUUCCAGAGUGGCUCUCCUCGCUUGCCGCAGGAAACAAUCGAGGAAGGUUUGCGUCAAGAUUCCCUUUCUCUAGAGUCAGGUGGUACUGACAAGGUCAAAAAAGCUGCCACAUCCACAGGCAUACGAGAUGCAGCCAGCGUGUCAGUAGUGCAGCACCUCUUGGAGCUGGGUAAACAACUUCGCAAGCAUGUUCCAGGUAAAGCGGCUUUACCUGAGGCAGAUGUAUGCAAGCGUCUAGAAGGAGAGCUAGAAGAGCUACUAUAG